AUGGGAAUGCCUCAUAUCAGCGAAGCCAUAAUAAACGCUAUCAAUUCGGACAGAGCUCCUUCUACGAUCAAAGCUUACACGUCUGAAGUGGAGAGAUUCAAAAACUGGAAAAGCAGCCCAUACAUGCGCAGCAUUCCUAUGCCACAAGCCAGGAACCUUUUGCUAAGUUCCAUGCCGACCGUCGUAGCAGCGCUCAACUACUUCUGUGGGCCGCUCACAGGUGUAGACAAAGAAAUCCAGGACUCCCUUCUUCAGGCGUCCGGCUCCACGGGGUUGCCUUUGGCCAUCUCAACCUUGCGGGACAGGCUCAUGCUAUAA